CACAUUGCUCCGGCAGUUGCUGUCGCAGUUAGGAAGCGAGCAGAAAGUUGCUGAAGACAAUCGCGCACCGAAGGUUUCGCACUGAGGAGAGAAGAAUGUCAUACCUGACACACCUUUUCAUUUUAGCCGCUCUGCGCUGGCUCGUGGCUGCUGAAACAGAAGCGGGACAGAGCAAGAAAGUGCCUGCUGUAUUUUGCACAUUCAAGGAGAAGAUAUACAACCCAGGGGACAGUUGGCAUCCCUAUCUGGAGCCUUUUGGAUUCAUGUUCUGCAUGCGUUGUGCAUGCACUGAAUCUGGUCAUGUGAAAUGUAACACUAUCAAGUGUCCUGUCCUGAGAUGCGAGAAUCCAGUGACCGACUCCCAGCAGUGCUGCCCACGCUGUGCAGAUGAGCACAGAACUCCUGCUGGUUUGAGGGCUCCCCUUAAAACCUGUCGAUACAACGGAACUGUAUUCCAAACGGGGGAGACCUUCACCAACCAUGACCUCUUUCCAUCUCGACAGUCCAACCAAUGUGUCAUGUGCACAUGCUCUAAUGGAAAUAUCUUCUGUGCGUUGAAAACCUGUCAGCCCAUUACAUGCUCCUCACCUGUCUCUGUUCCAGAUACUUGCUGCUUAGUUUGCAAAGAGGGUCCAACUGACAUCAAUUCAGCAUCAUAUGGGGAUGGAGGACAGCAACUGAACAGAGGAGUGAGACAUUCUCUGGAUCAGUGUGCUGGAGAGCAGGUGAGGGGCCGAGCUGUGCGAGCCACUCCGUCCACCCUGAGAGGUUCUCUGAGAGGCCUCAACCUACACACACUGCACCUGAAAGGAGCUGCUGAAACCACAGUGAAGAUCCUCCUACAGCGCAAACAUCAGAGAGCUUGCGUGUACAGUGGGAAGACCUACUCCCAUGGUGACGUGUGGCAUCCUGUGUUGGGCAAAGUUCUGGAGUGCAUCUUAUGCACCUGCAGAGACGGCCUUCAGGAGUGCAGACGCAUCACAUGUCCCACUCAGUACCCAUGCAAACAUCCCAUGAAGAUAGAGGGGAAAUGCUGUAAGAUUUGUCCAGAGAUUAAGGCUGAGAGCAACAGGACAGAGUGUUAUCUAGGGCACGACAACAACAGUCUUCUGGUAUAUAAAGUUGAACCCUCAUCUGCUGCUCACACCGAGGACACAGUGCGAACGAUUGCCAUUGAGAGACAAGGAGCCACAGAGAUCGAGGUUCAAGUAUGGAAAACAGUAGAAGGUGUACUUCAUUUGAUGGAGACAGGUGAUGUUCAAAAAAAGGACCUCAUAGAGCAUCCAGAGAAUUAUGUUCUGCUUACCACAUUAGAUGAGGACACCUGGAGAAAGUUCAAAGAGGAGGAGGACAAGGAGAGAGACGUCAACAGGAGCAGGACCUGUGAAGAUGGCAUUAAGGAGGUAGUGAAGUACUUAAACCCUGAGCAGCUGGACAGUCUUUGUGCUUCUUAGUCUGUUUCCACUGUGUUCUGGAACAGCGUGUUAUCAUCAUCAGUCUUCAACACCUUUUUUUAUUAUCAGAAAAAGAAAAAAGAAUACACACACAACGUGCUUUAGUACAAAACCACAUACUGGCAGAAGAUAGUUCUGUUGUUUAUCACUAGGAGUCAGUUCAGCACAAUUUUGCCAUCUUUUUUGAGUAGCUUUUGUAUAGGCCUUAAACUGGAGCAAAGUCAGCAGGGUGGUCUUUUGCAAAUACACAGUUCAGAGGGAAAAUGAAAACAUAUACAAAUGUCUUGCUUCUAGGUGUGUCAGUAUUAUAGCAGUUGUGAACGAGAAAGGGUUUGACGUAUUUCUCUUUAUUAAAGAACAACUCAUGUAUGUGAUUGUAGCAAGCAACCACUGUGUUUGUACAGUACAUAAGUGAAAAAAAAUUAAGGUAAUGUAGACAGCUUAAUGGCCAGGAUGCUUUUAUAAAGUUGAUGUAGGCCACAUUUUUAUCACUGUCAUUAGUUAUACACUCAUUAAAUAUAUACCAUAAAAAAUGAACUAUUUAUUGUAAAUGCAGAGUAACAAACAUAAGUUUGACUGAAAUGAACUGUUUGUCUGUCUCCUCUUUCUGCACAUGGGUUUGAUCAUUUGAAUGUGAGGUAAGUAUAUGAGCGUGUACAUAAGAGGUUUGUACCAAGAUUUACAGUACUGUGAAAAAGUUAAAGACCCUUCUUUCUUUUGUUUAAUUUCAUUUAGUUUAUUUCCAUGAAGUACAUGUUAUACAUUUUUCAGCACCAGGAAAAAAAACAGAAAACAUUUGAGGGUGAUCUCUGACUUUUGUACAGUACUGUACACUCAACAUGGUCCUGGACUCUUGGCACUGGGCAUGGUGGCCAUAGUGAUCAGAGCAUCUUAAUAUAUUAGCAAUACUUUUCUAUAGAGAUUAUAUAAGCUAAAUAUCUUAUACAACUAAAUAUUGUUCAGUGUUGUUAGCAAUGGGUGCACUUUAAAGGACCUGAAUCAACUAAUUAGAAGAGGUGUGUGGAUAUGUUCAGGCCUGUAGUGUUGCUGCAUCAUGCAAAUGAAAACCCGAGAACCUUUCUCUGUUGACAAAGAACUAGUGAGAGCAUUUAGUGGGAUGUGUUGCUGUGUCUUGCACUUUCCAAAAUAUAGGCUUGUGCUUCUGAUACAGUUUGUUUUCUCAAGGAUUGUGAUGGCUGAACAGAAUAGGUGCAACAACAGAUCGCCAUUAAUUUGAUGUAAAUGUAGGUCAGAAUUUUCCGCUACCAAAAGGAGCUGGCUAGAAGACUCUUGUGUCGUAUGCAGUAUAUCUUAUGAUUUAAUCGCCAUAGCAGUGCUACAGAAACUCCAGUAUUCCAGUUUUUCCUCUGCUUUCUAAUGUUUACACACUCCAGAAAAUUGUAGCACAUAUUAUCAGCUGAAGUAUUAGCCACCUGUUGAGACACAUCACAAGCAGACAGUAUUUCAAUGGCUUUGCCAUCAGUUACUCUAAGGAUUGUUGGUUAAUGGAGAUGUCGUUCCACAGCCAAGCGGAGUUUCAUACGGACCAGGCCUGUGAACUGCUUGUCGACAGUCUUGUUCAGGUCACCAGGUGGAGGAUAAUCCACUUUUGUUCGCUGGCCAUGCUCAUCACAGUGAACUGUGCCUGGCCACCGAGCACAGAUUGGAGAAGUUCAGAGAGUUGUGACUAAUAUCCCUUCCCUUCUGUCUGAACCCCGAAAGCCCACUUUCCCUCCCUUCUCCGCCACAAUGAGUCAUUGUGUUGGCUUCACACAUAGUGCCAGACAGUGCUGCUCAUCUCUCACUGAAGGCCUGACAAAAUAUUUUGAAACAGAAGCCCCUCAGUUGCAGACCUUAAUAGUCACACAAUGAAGCUGUGAAUUAUUUCCGCUGGCUGUUGGAUCUGACAGUUUCUGGCAAUUUGUUCUCUUUGAAUGGCUCAAAGGGAGACAAAGAGGAUUUUACUCUGCAGUCCUAUUUUAUUCUCGGUGUGUGUGUCUGUAGUGCGUCGUGUUCGUUUCACAUAUUACUUUGCAAUGAACUGAGUGAUGAAAAAAUCCUUAAGUUUACACCUUGAUGACCAGUCAUUAAGAAACCUAAUAUAAGGUGUCGUAAGUGUAUUACAUAUGCAAAUCUCAUAAAGUUUGGAAUAUUCUGGCUCCCUGGAGAGUUCAGCACUUGCUGUUGGAACACAAACUUGAUUUUAAACAUUGCCAUCUUUGGCAUCUGCAAGGUUCCUUCGUUGUUGGAUGGAGGUUUUGAAUUCCCUCUAAAUAGCAUUUGGCCAAUUCUGCUAUGCAUGCUUAGUCUUGGCUCUGGCAAUUUGAACAGCUGGGGGCAGUCAUUGGGUAUAAAUCAAGUGAAGGGGUCAGCUCUCUGUAUGAGCGUGCCCACUCAGCCUUGCUGCCCGUUGUUACAGGCUGUAUUAAAGCCUUAAAUCUUUUCGGAGAGUGGUUUGUUUGCACCUCGACGUGGAAGUGUGCGUAUGUUCCUAAAGGCUAUCAUGUAAAUGUAAGUACUUAACAUACUAGGGAGGCUAAUUCUAAUAGUUAUUUAAGGUCUAAGGAAAAGAACUGACUGGGUCUGAGUGGGAGAUUCAGAGUUGGGGCUGCAGAGCGCUGUGUUGGGUUAAGGCAGGUGGGUAGACUUUGAAUGAAUAUGUAAAAUCUCUGGCCCCGAGCUGCUACACUCCAUGGUGCCUCACAGAUUCACAGCCGUUGAGGAACUGAAGCAUUGCAAAUCGAUCAGACGGCCUUCUGAUUCAAAGGAAGCCAAACUGGGUUAAGGUAAUUAACUCUGAUAGAUGUGUUUGCUUUCAUAGCUGAUUAAGGUGUUCGAGUAACCCUUGAAUUAACGCGCCAUCAAAAUACUUCCGAAAUCUUUUAAGGGGGCUGUUUUUUUUACGCCUUCUCCCUCUGCUUAAUUAAGUUGGCCCCGAUCAUUUCAGCCAGUGAUCAGAACCAUGCCAAGGAGGUACGGACAAUACUGAGCCGCCUGUCAUAAACACUUCAGUCAUCCGUAUGCUUUUCCUGAUCCCUACUGUUUGAGGUUCACACAGGAAAAACACUCAAAGUUAAUAGAGUGGCAGAUGGAAGGUACUAGCACACUUUGCGAGCUAUAUUAGAAGACUUUGUUUAGGCUUCCCUCACCUCUUUCUGCAGGUUUUACAGGGUGUCAGUUGUGCUGGCAGUAUGAAAGCAAACUCUAAAAUGCUGAACAUUAGUGGCUCCGGCAUUCUGAAGUGAGUGAAAGCAGAUUGCUUAGCCUUGCCAUGGAAAACAGGGUAAUCAACCCACAAUUUCCACACGAACGUCAUAUCAAAAGGAUUAUGAUGAAUGGCUAUCCCACUGCCCAGUCAACUAAUGUGACAGAUUGAUGAAUGAGAGGCAACGUGUUUGCGGUGCAAUCAGAGACUUGCAUGUACACCAUCUAGUAAUAAUCUUAAAUAGUGCACAAGCUUCAUGUUUUUGAUCCAAAAUGGUGAAGUACAAGCUUCUCUCAGGCUUGAUUGCAAAGAUUAUUCCAGAUGUGCCGAUUCAAAUCCACACUCGCCCCAGAACAGUCCCUGAGACAAUGCUCCCAGAAAGAUAUCCCAAAGAAGUAAUGCAUGCUGCCUCAUUUCCAACCAUGUCUUGCAUAUUUUCCAAUUUGGACCCUGAGAAAUCUUCCAUCAGCCAACUACGAUUAUAUCACCCAGUCAGAAAACCAUGUGUAAAAAUCUGCUUUCAAUUAAUACACAAUGAUUUACUUUUUCUGGGUUCUGCUUACACAGAAUGUGAGGGGGAUUGUCAAAAUAAAUCAGAACUGAAAGUUGAGUUAUUGGUGUUUGAUGUAUUUUGUUGCCGUUAAUCUAAAAAUUCCAAAUAAAAACAAGAACUUUGGAGAGGCAGAAGAGUUGUUGUGUGCCCUCAAGUAGCCUCAGGUCAGUCACAGGCAACAUACAGUAUCAGAGAUGUGAAGCUUUUCAAUUAGUUUGGUUAGUUACAACUUCAAUUACUGUCCACAAAACGAGAAUAUAAAAAUUACAGACUCUGUGAAUUUUUGGUUAUUAUGAAUGGUGUAAACAUAUAUUACACUGCUCUGUAUCAUGCAUGAAUGUUCAUUUUAUAAUAAAUUGUCUUUCAAAGCCUUCAAAAACGAA